AUGAAGUUCACCGUUGCUGCCGUCUUCGCCGCCCUCGCGCUUAUGGGAGCCUCUCCUGUGGGUGCCGGGCCCAACGCCUACGGUAUCUGCCAGAGCGGCUGUAACAAAGUCGCUGUCGCCUGCCACGCCGCCGGCGGUCUCCAGUUCGGUACGGUCCUGGCUGCUGCGGCCCUAGCAACAAUCAUCGCCUGUAACCCUGCGCUCGAGGGGUGU